AUGCGUUACUUCUUUGCUGCCUCCGUUCUGGCUGCUGGUGCCCUCGCCCAGACCUCCACCGACUACCUCAAGUGCGCCAGCGCAGCCCUGAGCUCAGCCGACACAUCGACUUUCGAAGACUGCAGCAGCAAGACCGCCCAAGAAUGUCUCUGCGACAACAAGGACGCCAUCAGCAACCUGAGCGAAGAAGCUGCCAAGUCCUGCGCCGGCGUCGACCUGAGCUCCCUCACCGACGCCCUCUGCAGCAGCUCCAGCGAGGCCGCUCCCGCCCGUCACGCCUCCAAGCCCAUGGAGCUCGCUGACAUGAACAAGCGCGCCUUCGCUCCCCAGCUCGAUUCACCCGCUUCUGCUGCCCCUGCCGUUCCCCGUGUUGUCUACGUGACAGAGACCAAGACCGACUGCAGCUGCAAGAGCACCCCUGCCCCUGACUCCCAGCGGGCUCACAUCUCUCAAAUCCCUGUUGAUGUCCCCACUAGCCAGGGCUACAUGGCUGGUAUGGCUUCUGCUUCCGCCCCUGCUGGGUACUCUCACGGCCCUAUGGGUGCCGUUGGCUCCUCUGUUGUCUUUGGCUCUCAGGCUUCUGCUGCUACCCCUGCGCCCUCUGGCGCGGACCCCCACCGCUUCUCUUCAUUCCAGGGUGCCGCUGCUGCUGGUGCUUCCGUGCACGGCGUUGCUGUUGCCGGAGUUGCUGCUGUCAUGGCCCUGAUGGUCGCCCUCUAA